AUGCCAAUUACAGUAUUCUCCGCAUGCUCGAGAACUACCGAAUGCGAUCGAAAUGCAGUUUGCCUGAACACUUUCGAUUCCUACAGCUGCCAGUGUCGUCCUGGAUUCAUCGACAUGUCGCCGGAUCCAGAGAAAAAGCCAGGAAGGGUCUGCAAAGAACUUGUGAACGAAUGCGCCACGACGAACAAUGAAUGCUCGCAAUUUGCAAAAUGUGUGGAUCUCACUGAAGGAUACGCAUGUCAAUGUAUGGAGGGAUACGUGGAUGUGUCAUCAAAGCAUAAACUGCCACCCGGACGAAGAUGUUCGCAAUCCAACAACGAAUGCGCAUUUAAACAUCUGAACACUUGCGAUGAAAAUGCCGAUUGCAUCGACACACCAGAUGGUUAUACCUGUCAGGUAAGUUGGCCUUAUCCUACCCUAACCCAAUGA